AUUCACUCUCAACUUGGUGCAUUCCCGUUGACCGCUUUCUAAUCCUUCCCCUUCCCUCUCUUCUCCUCCUUAAUUUCCCAAUAUCUGCAGACACAAGUCAUUCCUUUUCUCCUUCCAAUUUGUCUUUCUUCUUUCUGAUCUUCUCCUUAGAAUUUCUCAUACAUCAAUGGGAAACGUUUGCUCAGUCUCCAUUUCCAUCGAGGACAUCGCUCGCCGCUGCUGUGAUUGCAUUGCUGCUCGAGCAAAUUACAUAUGCAAGCUUCAAGAAAAUCGGGUUACUUUGAGAACAGAGCUUCAAAAGUUAAGGGCGUUGAGGAACGAUGUGAAGAGGAAGGUGGAUGUGGCUGAGAGGCAACAAAUGAAGCGUCUGGAUCAAGUGCAAGUCUGGCUUUCCAGUGUGGAAGAUAUGGAAACUGAAGUCACUCAACUGAUUGGAGAUGGUGCAGAGAACAUCGAGGAGAAACGAUUUUGUGGUAGCUGCUAUCCCAAGCAUUGCAUCUCCAGCUACACGUUGGGAAAAAAAGUGGUCAGGAAUCUACAAGAUGUGGCUAUUCUAAUGAGCGAAGGACGUAAUUUUGAGGUGGUGGCUGAUAUUGUACCUCCAGCUCCUGUGGAGGAAAUACCCAGCCGACCCACUGUGGGCUUGGAAUCAACAUUUGACAGAGUUUGGAGGUGUCUCGGAGAAGAACAUGUGGGGAUGAUCGGCUUAUAUGGGUUGGGGGGCGCUGGGAAGACCACCCUCUUGACCCAAAUCAACAAUCAUUUCCUUAAAACAUCCCACAAUUUUGAUGUCGUAAUUUGGGUAGUGGUUUCCAAAACUCCGAAUCUAGACGAGGUUCAGAACGAGAUUUGGGAGAAGGUGGGAUUCUGUGAUGAUAAAUGGAAAAGCAAAAGCCGCCAUGGCAAAGCCAUAGACAUCUGGAAAGCCUUGAGCAAAAAGAGGUUUGUGAUGUUGUUGGAUGACAUGUGGGAGCAAAUGGAUCUGUUAGAAGUGGGCAUUCCAUCUCCUGACCAACAAAAUAAGUCCAAGCUGAUAUUCACCACUCGAUCUCAGGACUUGUGCGGCCAAAUGGGAGCUCACGAGAAGAUUCAAGUGAAAUCUUUAGCAUGGAGGGAUUCGUGGGAUUUGUUUAAAAAAUAUGUGGGAGAGGACACCCUUAAUUCUGAUCCACAAAUCCCUGAGCUAGCUGAAAUUGUUGCUCGAGAGUGUUGCGGUUUGCCACUGGUGAUAAUUACCAUAGGGCGAGCCAUGGCUUCUAAAGUGACACCCCAAGAUUGGAAGCAUGCAAUUAGAGUACUACAAACAUCUGCAUCAAAAUUUCCAGGUAUGGAGGACCCAGUGUACCCACGUUUGAAAUACAGCUAUGAUAGUUUGCCCACCAAAAUAGUUCAAUCUUGCUUCUUAUAUUGUUCUUUAUUCCCAGAAGAUUUUUCCAUAGAUAAAGAAGCUUUGAUAUGGAAAUGGAUUUGUGAGGGAUUUUUAGAUGAAUAUGAUGACGUGGAUGGAGCCAAAAAUCAGGGAUUCAACAUUAUCAAUACCCUCAUUCAUGCAUGUCUACUUGAGGAACCUUUAGAUACUAAUUAUGUAAAAUUGCAUGAUGUGAUACGUGAUAUGGCCUUGUGGAUAACUGGUGACACGGGGGAGAUGAAGGGCAAGUUUUUGGUACAAACAAGCGCCGGUUUAACCCAAGCCCCUGAGUUUGUCAAAUGGACGACGGCAGAAAGGAUUUCACUGAUGCAAAACCGAAUUAAGAAGUUAAUAGGAUCACCCACAUGCCCCAAUCUCUCGACACUUCUUUUGGAUUCGAAUAGGCCUUUGAAUGUGAUAAGCGAUGCUUUUUUUCAAUUUAUGCCCAAUCUAAGAGUGUUGAGCUUAAAUGGCACCAAUAUAAUUGAGUUACCAUCAGAUAUUUCUAAUUCGGUUUCAUUGCAAUAUCUUGAUUUAUCCUGGACAAGGAUAUUGAGGUUUCCAGUUGGGAUGAAGAAUCUCGUAAAAUUGAAGAGAUUGGAGUUGGCCUGUACAGAUGAACUGUCUUCAAUUCCACGAGGACUAAUAUCAAGUCUUUCAAUGCUGCAAACAAUCAACUUGUACCGUUGUGGAUUCAAACCAGAUGGUAAUGAGUCAUUGGUAGAGGAAUUGGAGAGUUUAAAAUACUUGGUCGAUUUACGUAUCACCAUAGUAAGUGCCUGUGUGUUCGAGAGAUUUUUAAGUUCCAGAAAGUUACGGAGUUGCACUCAUGGAAUCUGCCUCAGGAUUUUCAAAGGUUCAAUCUCAUUUAAUGUAUCAUCUCUUGAAAAUAUAAAGCAUCUCAAUUCGUUUUGGAUGGAAUAUUGUGAUACUUUGAUUAAGUUUGAUUGGGCUGAGAAAGGAAAGGAAACAGUGGAUUAUAGCAAUCUUAACCCAAAGGUCAAAUGCUUCAAUGGCCUUGAGACUGUGACCAUCCUUGGAUGCCGGAUGUUGAAGAAUCUGACAUGGCUUAUUUUUGCCCCAAAGCUCAAAUAUCUUGAAAUAGCACUUUGUCAACAAAUGGAAGAAGUGAUAGGAAAAGGUGAAGAGGAUGGAGGAAAUCUGAGCCCAUUCACAAAUCUCAUAGAAGUACGAUUACUUCAGCUACCACAACUGAAGAGUAUGUACUGGAAUCCCCUGCCCUUUCUUUACCUGGAGAGAAUUAUAGUAGCUCGCUGUCCGAAGCUGAAGAAGCUGCCACUCAACUCCAACAGUGCCAGGGAACGUAGAGUUAUGAUUGAAGGAGAGGAAAAGUGGUGGAAUGAGUUAGAAUGGGAGGAUGAAGCUACUCUAAAUACUUUCCUUCCCAAUUUCCAAGCAAUAUUAUAAUAAGGGGCUAAGGAUUUGAAGGAAUGACAAAUGUUUGGGUGUUUGUUGUGGAUGUGAGGUAGGCCCUGGAUGUUCAUAACUCGAUACCAAUGGUUUUAAUAUUCCUUUUUUCCAAGACUUUUUUUUUUCUUUUCUUUUUUUUUUUUUUCUUUUUUUGGCUAAUUAAUAUUUAUGAAAUUUAUUGAGAUUAUUGUUUCAAGUUUUUUUUUCCAAGCUUAAUCUUAGUACGAGGGUAAUCUCUAGUUCUGCCAUA